UUUUUGCCAAUUCUGAUAGUGCGACACCUGCAGAUGUUCAACGAAAAAACAUACGACGAAGUUGGGAAUCUUUGUGGACAGAUUUCGGAUCUUAAACGUAUUGCCGGUCUUUCUUCAUCAACUAUUGCAGAGGAUGAUCAAGAGAAAGCAGAGGAACUUGAAAAUCGUUUAACUUCAGUUGAUCAAAUUCGUCAGAUUUUGCGUUCGCAAUUGGAGAGUCUUAUUUGGGUGGAUAAACAUUCUGAUGCAUUACUUGAACGUGUUCAACGUGCUACUUCUGAUAUUUUAACUUUACAAUGA